AUGGCUUUAAAUACCAAAGAUUUUCCAGUCGAUGACUACUUGGCGGUGAAGAACUCGCGUAACUUUACGGGGAAAGUGGUGUUAGUGACCGGAAGUAGUUCAGGCAUAGGGGAGGGUAUUGUCAAACUGUUUUCAGUAUUAGGGGCCAAAGUGGUGGUCACCGGUAGGAAAGAGGCAGAAAUCCAUAAAGUGGCUCAAGAGGUACAAGAAUUAUCACCACAAAAACUAAAGCCAUUAGAAGUGUCGGCAGAUCUGACCAAAAGGGAAGACGUCGAGAGACUUAUCAAUGAAACCAUCAAAACGUUUGGACAGUUGGAUGUGUUGGUCAACAACGCCGGCCCUUAUUUUAAUGGCGACAUUCACGACAAGAAUAUCACUGAAGAGUUUGAUUUGAUAUUUAAUAUUGACUUAAGAGCUGUCGUGCAGACCAUACAUAUAGCGCUACCAUAUCUCGAGAAAACUAACGGCACUAUCAUUGAUAUAUCAGCUAUUUUGGGACUCGCACCGUCCGCAUUACCAAUGAACUAUUGUAUGGUAAAAGCGGCCAUAAAUAUGUUGACAGAGGUAUUGGCCCUCGAGUUGGGACCCAAAGGGGUUCGCGUUAAUACAGUCAGUCCGGCAGCCACUGAAGGGCCGGGUGUAACCAAGACUAUGAUCGAUGCGAUUACAAAGUUGGCACCCCUCAGACGAAUCGGCGAACCCCUGGAUAUCGCCAAAGCCGUGGUAUUCCUGGCCUCUACUGACGCCCAGUAUAUCACGGCGGUAAGAAAUUCACGUGACUUCUCGGGCAAAGUAGUUUUGGUGACCGGAUCCAGUUGGGGUAUAGGGGAGGGUAUCGUUAAACUGUUUUCUGUAUUGGGGGCUAACGUGGUGGUCACCGGUAGGAAAGUGACUGAAAUCCAUAGAGUGGCUCAAGAGAUACAACAGUUAUCACCACAAAAACUAAAGCCGUUAGAAGUGUCGGCAGAUCUGACCAAAAGGGAAGACGUCGAGAGACUUAUCAAUGAAACCAUCAAAACGUUUGGACAGUUGGAUGUGUUGGUCAAUAACGCCGGCCCCUAUGUGAACGGUAACAUUCACGACCAGAAUAUAAUAGAUCAAUUUGAUCAGGUCUUUAAUAUGGACGUGAGGGGUGUCAUGCAAACCAUACAGACAGCACUCCCACACAUCGAGAAGUCAAAAGGCGUUAUCAUUAAUAUAUCAGCUAUUUUAGGACUCGCACCGUCUACGUUACCGUUGAACUACUGUAUGGCAAAAGCGGCUCUAAAUAUGAUGACAGAGGUAUUGGCCCUCGAGUUGGGACCCAAAGGGGUUCGCGUUAAUACAGUCAGUCCGGCAGCGACUGAAGGCCCCGGUGUUACCACAGAAAUGGUGAAUACGAUCACAAAGACAUCACCCCUGCGACGAGUGGGCCAACCCCUGGAUAUCGCCAAAGCCGUGGUAUUCCUGGCCUCGACUGACGCCCAAUACAUAACCGGCGAGAAUGUGGUGGUCGACGGCGGACAACGAUAUUUUGGUCCACCCCUAUAGGGCUUUCAUUUGCCAUAUUUGACAUACUUGUCCUCCUGUUAGGACAAACACAAUCUGAAAUGAAUAUUAAG